UGCGUGCGGGCUGCAAGUUGUACUAAUCGGAUUCUGUCUGGCUUGGUAUAGUUACAUGCCAGUAUCUGCGGCACACUCAAACAGCGUUCACUACCAAUUGAAGAUAAAUACAUUUGUAUAUCAGUCGGAGAGAGAGAGAGAGGAUCGCUGCUUGUAUCGUCGUGUUGAUCCUGUUCAUCUAAACCAUUGACACAAAAUAGAGCUUGCAAAGAGAGUAUUCGUGUUUUCUGGCGUCGUGACAGACACAGUGCCGUGGUAAAUUUGAAUCCGCAGGAGCUUUUACAGGUUUGGAAACAGUGGUAUAUUUCAACCAUGACUGAACAGAUCAACCCAAGUGCACGGAAGAUUGUUGAUCUUGAUCGACAGUCUAUCGUGUUGGAUGGAGAAGAACGUAUCCACGUCUCAACCCUCUGUGACUAUGGCAACAAAGAAUAUACCAUCAGCAAACUCUAUGAUGACGUCUCCACACUUUAUGAAGGAUUCCUAAGAGGAGAAAGGGUAUCAAAUGAUGGGUCGUGCCUGGGAUGGAGACCAGAUGGUAAUUCACCAUACCAAUGGAUGUCAUACAGUCAGGUCCGAACGAAGGCCCAUUUCUUCGGUUCCGCUUUAGUUCAAAAGGGGUUUGCGCCUUCCAAUGAUACAACGAUUGGAAUAUUCAGUCAGAAUCGACCAGAGUGGGUUAUAUCUGACCUCGGAUGUAUGACCUUCUCUAUGGUAACAGCGCCUCUGUACAGCACACUAGGACCCAAAGGCUACGAGUACAUCAUCAACCUCACAAGCAUGAAACUGAUUGUGGUGGAUGAUUUAGAGAAAGCUUCUAAUUUGCUUAGUCAAAUCGACAAAAUGCCUACACUGACUCACAUCGUCAUCAUGGAUUCACCAAUCAGCGAUCAGGUCAAAGGUCAGGCGAAGGAAGCAAACAUUGAAGUGAUUUCUUUUGAGGAGAUGCUAACCCUGGGUGAAAGCAAUCUUCAAGAUCCCAAGCCGUGUAAACCUGAAGACAUGGCCGUCAUUCGCUUCACGAGCGGUACCACAGGGGUUCCAAAGGGUGCCAUGACAACGCACAGGAAUUUGGUUGCUAAUGUCGCUGCUAUUUACUCCUUGAUUAAUCGUGUCCACGCGUGUGAACCUGGAUCCGUAUCGAUAUCAUACCUUCCCCUAGCUCACACAUAUGAACAUACGCUCGAGGCUAUGUUGUUUCUUCGCGGUUGUUCAGUCGGGUUCUUUCGUGGUGAUGUGAAAACCCUGGUCAAUGAUAUGCAAGUCUUGAAGCCAGAUGUCUUCCCUAGUGUUCCUCGUCUGGCAAACAGGUUGUAUGAUAAGAUCAUGGGAGGAGUGAAUUCAGCGUCUUUCAUCAAACGAAAUCUUUUCAACUUGGCUUACUGGCUCAAGAGUGGAGAUUCUCAGAAAGGUAUCUUGAGGACAGAUACAUGGAGUGACUAUCUUGUCUUCAAUAAGGUUCAGGCAUUGCUAGGAGGCAAAGUCAAAUGGAUGAUCACCGGAAGUGCACCCAUUGCACCGGAAGUGCUAGAGUUCUUCCGGAUUGUGUUAGGUGUUCAGAUAAGUGAGGCGUACGGACAGACGGAAACUGCCGCAGCGACUACAUGUACCGUCCCUGGCGAGACGCAGGCUGGUCACGUAGGUCCUCCUCUCCCGUGUAACAUGAUGAAGGUGGUGGACAUUCCUGAGAUGGGCUACUUUGCCGCUGAAGGCAAGGGAGAGGUUUGCAGCAAAGGAGAAAACAUCUUCAAAGGGUACUACAAGAACCAGGAGAAAACAGAUGAGACUAUCGAUGCUGAUGGCUGGCUCCAUUCUGGGGAUGUUGGACAGUGGUUACCAAACGGAACGCUGAAGAUUAUUGACCGAAUGAAGCACAUCUACAAGCUUGCGCAGGGAGAAUAUGUGGCCCCAGAGAAGAUCGAGACUGUCCUUAGUCGAAGCAACCUUAUUGCUCAGGCAUUCGUCUAUGGAGAAAGUCUAAAGGCUUCCAACGUGGCUAUCAUCGUCCCAGAUGAGGAGGAAUUACAGAGGAUUGCCAAAGGCAAGAAUAUCAAUGAAUCGAUGCAAGAUCUAUGCAAGAACGAGGCGAUACGAGAAGCGAUCAAAACCGAACUCGCCAAUGUCCACAAAGCAGGAAACCUCUGUGGAUUUGAGAAGGUAUGGGAUUUUUCCCUGCAGCCAGAACAGUUCAGUAUUGAAAACGGCCUCCUGACACCCACCAUGAAAAACAAACGGGUCACCAUCAAAGAAAGAUUCCAGCCCGAAAUCGACGACAUGUAUUCCAGAUUACAGUAAACUGCCUCACCGAUUAUGACGUCAUAAUGACGUCACAGGGUGCUAACAUGGUGUAAUUUAACACAACUUAAUAGCGGUGUAUUCUAAACGAUUUAUGAUGUAUAUGUUUUCACACCUUGACUGUAAAAAGAAGGGAAAGGUGCUAGGAACUACCUGUCCUAAUGACGCAGUCUGUCAGAGAAGCUCAUAGCUGUUUGCUAUUCUUAAGUGGUUUCUUGAAUAUGAAAUGUUAUUGUUAACAUUUGGCGUGGCAGGGUAUUUUUCUACUUGUUGACUAUCAGUGUGCUUGUAGUUGAUAAGAGAGAGAGACCUUAGAUGUGCUGUCAUUGUACAUUCCCCUUUAAUACUAAUCUAUAUAUUAAUCUUAAAUGCAUUAUAUUCUUUUACUAUGGCGGUAGGGAUGGAAAAUUAAUACCUUUUUACGAGACUUCAAUAAAGAACUAUUGUGAUAGUACAUUGUAUGAUCUUGACAGGUAGAAAUCGGUCAUCGUAUAUUGGGCUUUAAGCAUUUGUCAUCAUCAUCAUCAUCACCAUCAUUAUUACCGAUUAACGUCCCUUUUCCACGCUGUAGGGUCGGACGUUUCCUUUCCUUAAUGGCACUUCUCUAAGCCUUAAGGUCUUCAGCAUCAAUCUAGACGAGGCCAGAUACUAUAAACUCAUCCUCUAUAAUGUCGUCCUUCAAGUUUUGAGGGGACUACUACGGGGUUUUGAACCAGCAAACUGUUAAUUCAUUGCCUUCUGUAGUAAAUGGUUUCCUCUCUCCCAACCUCAUGUCCAUACCAUCUUAACCUCCUCAUCUCCUAUGACAUUUCUGUCAGCCCUACGAAUUGGAGGAGAUCUUCAUUCGUCUUUAUAUCUUGUAAAGAGAUCGUUUACAUUAGUUUUGUCAUCCUCUAUAUGAUAUUAGUUCAUUUACUUGGAAUUCUACACUGCCUGUGAUACCUUUCUUGCGACUGUUACUUCAUUACCUGCGAUAUUUUACCAAAAUCUCGGAAGUUUUCAUCUUUUAGAUGUCUUGUGUGAUGGCAUUUAGGUGUACUUAAAGUACCAGAAAUCACUAGACAUAGUAACAAAAGGUAUUCACAAGCAGCUCAAUUUAUUGCGUAAUCCCACCCAUUUCUUGUUCUCGGUUUUGUGAGUAUCAUGACAGUAUUUUAUCUUUAUAGCAUUCUGGUGCGGGGUAAUGUUACAUUACUUUAUUUUUGGUUUGCAUUAUCUAUUGAGUUUCCAAAAAAAUGUCUUGUUCUGCUGUACUUUCGUACAAGAUUUUGAUGGAUGUUGCAUCGAACGUAACAGUACUCAAGAGCAUCAUAUCGGUGCUUUAUGAACCUUCCAACGAACGUGUGAUAUUGAUAUGUGUGAUAUGUAUAGCACUUUCGCAUUAUAAACUGUGUUUAAUUUACAUAUUCUUUAUUCAUUUAUGCACUGGAUUAAAGCAAUAAUUCUUGAAAUGAACUUUAUGAUGCCUAUGUCUUCCAAGCUAUUCCAAUGUAAUAAUUUUAUUCAUGAUUUAGUUUCUGAUGUUUCUUCUAUAACGAGUUGCAUACAGAGGAGGUGAUAUCUUUUUUUCUUUCUUCGAAUAGUGAUUAAAUGUUGAGUAACGUAUUUGUAUUUACUUGGAAACCUCGUUCACAGGGUACAUGAAUACUUUGUUUUUUUCAAAACACAAGUUUAAAGAAUGUUCUUUUCUUCCAAUUAUAUCAUUUUGAUCGAAUUAAACAAGUAUAAAGAAUGUUCUUUUCUUCCAAUUAUAUCAUUUUGAUCGAAUUAAACAAGUAUAAAGAAUGUUCUUUUCUUCCAAUUAUAUCAUUUUGAUCGAAUUAAAUAUAUCUGAUUAUUUCAAUGUUUCAAUGUUUUAUGACCACAUUGGCAAUAAGAUAAGGAGCAAUGAUAAACUAGCCUGUCAAAUUAAAUAUUUUCGUCGCUAACACUUUAAUUUUAAUCGACGAGUUAUGAAUAUAAUCCAGACAAAUUAAAAUGUACCAUCUAUUUUCAUUAAAGAUACACAUGCAACAGUGCGAUAAUCGAGCUGUAGAUAAUUGUGUAUUGCCUUCAUAAACGUAUGAAAUGAUAUACUAAUAUUACAUUUUCAAAGCCUACUCUUGGGCAGCUGACGAAAAGAAUCAUAGAUUCUAUUUUCAAAAUUUCCAUUUUAACUAUCGAUCAAUAAAAUUGAACUUCUCAGUUGAAGCAUUUAUUUACUUUUGUUUUAUAUUCAGAGAAUAACAUUUGUAUGUCGUUUACAUUUUGUUAUUCUAGAUGUAUUUCAUUCUUUGUGUUACAUCUAAAGUUCAGAGCUCUCUUGUAGAGCGAAUGUCAAAUUAGUGUAGUUAGUUGGUAUGAAUAUGUUGAUUAUGUGGUAAAUAUGAAUAAAUUGGUACAACAAAAAUUUAUAUAUUGAAUAACUUUUUGUAAAAAAGAGAAUCAUGUUUGAAUAUAUAUUUUUGCAGUCAUGAUUAUAACUAUUAGGUAUCUUUAUAACAAAAAUGGGUAUUGUUGAAGAAACAAAUGGAUUUCUAAUAAAAUCUUGCUCUGGUCAAGAAAAGAAAAAAGA